AGUCAAUUUCAAUGCUUUUGCCAUUCUCAGUCUGGCGGAAUUUUAAGCACAGCAUUUCAGCUGAGAAAUGAGUUGGUUUGAAAAGGUGGAAAGUACAUUUGAGAACAGGAGCAAUUGGAUUAAAUUUGCCAAUGAGAGUCUCAAUCAGGGCCUCAGCAAAUUCAAGGACUUCAAGGCAUCCAACGCGACAAUCUUCUCACCAUCGCAAGUUGGCAUUUUGACUGGAAUUGUCAUUGCAAUCUUCGUGAAUUGGAAGGCAAACAAGCAGAAUUUCAAGCGAUUCGAUGCAUCUUCCUUAGCCAGAAGACUUACUUGUGCAGCUAUUCUUCCGAUCUUCCUUGCCAUCCUGGCAAUCUUGGCUCUCUAUCGGCAAUUUGUGUGCAUUUUGCUGCGUGUGAAGUUUGGCAGACAAUUCAUAAGCAUUCUUGAUGCAAGUGACGCUGUUUGGAGUGUUGAACAUCACAAUUGGCGAAGCAUCAUUAAUAUUGUGGCAUUAUUAGAAGCACCGGAGCUUGAUGAGUCAAGUCCAGAAGCCAAAACCGAUACGAUUUUGACACUACUUAGAAAUAAGUUUGGAAAAUUGGAGUUCACACAUCAGAAGCUCUUCUACAGCUUGAACAGACAAUUUGGCUACAGUUUCUGGCUAAAGAAUCCUAUUGAGAUUAAGGACUAUAUUAAGAUUGUCGACAUUCCUUCAUCUUCAGACUGUCUAACAUCCGAAGAACUGCAAUCUUGGGUCGGAAAUGUUUCCAAUAACGCCUUGCCUGACAAUCAUUGCAAGCUUUGGGAAAUUUUAGUCAGUCAAAAGUCUGUUGUAGACAAUGAAACUACGAAAUUUCCGAUUCUUUGCCGAGUUCAUCAUUCUCUGGGCGAUGGAGUCGCUUUGCUGCGGUUCUUCUUAGAAACCAUUACAGAUCAAGAGUCUAGCAAAGCUCUAAACAACGCUCCGGAGGAGAAUAAUCUUAAGUCUGGGAAGAAGAUAAUUUCUGAUCUUGUAAAGUGGGUGAAACUGAUCAGUUUCCUGCCAUUCUACAUAUCUGAUCAGCUGUCUUCAAGGCCAGACAGCAACUGUCUUCAUGGCUCAACUUUGACUGGUCAAAAGACGAUUUCCUGGCUUCACGAACCCACAAAUUCCAACCUCUUAAGAAACCUACGAAGAGUGAAGAGGACAAUUCCUAAUUCUAGAUUUUCCGACUUGAUUCUAACGAGUAUUUCUUCAAGUCUUCAUCAAUACUUUGAGCAAUCUGGAAAACCUAUUCCGAAGUCAAUUCAAAUCAUCGUUCCAGCUAGAAUUGAAGCAAUAGAAAAGAAUCUCAAAUUGCAGAAUAAAUUCUCCGUGGCUCUGCAGAAACUUCCGAUUUUGCCACCACUUGACCGAGAUUCAGACAUCAGUGAGCUGGCAUUGAAGGUAUCAAGAGUUCGGAAACAAACUAAUCUAGUUCGAUUGAAGUCAGAUUAUUUGCUCAAUUAUGCAAUUAUGACGGUUUUUGGUCACUUCUUUCCACACUGGAUCUUAACUGGCAUUCUGGACAGCAAAUUGGCCACAAUUGUCUUCAGCAAUCUUCCCGGACCGACAGAAGAAGCCUUCUUGGGGAACUUCAGGAUAACAAGCAUGAGUUUUGCCGUUCCGCAUCGUGAUUUGACGGGAAUUGGCGUGACUCUGCUCACGUAUGCUGGCAAAUUGCAGAUUUCUCUGUCAGCUGACGCUGCUCUUCUGCCAACACUCAAUCAAGCUCGUGAAAUUCUGCAAAAUAUCUCCAAUGCAAUCAAACACUGUGCCGAAGUGUCUUGAGUGUCAAAAGCAAAACAGCUUCAGGAUCAAGAG